UUAUUUAUUUCUUUUUUUCCCCUUCUUUCUCAUUGUGUAUUCUUGUUUGUUUCUUGAAAUGUUGCGUUCAAUACUUUUGGCCCGAAUCUAAUCCCAUAGACUGCAAGGUUCUCUAAAACCGCCUCAGACCGGUUUCUUCCACAGCGCCAAGAAAUCAGAAGCUAAAACCUUGAGGAUGUGAUAAAGGGAAAGCGUCGCGUCACGUACUGGGUCGGUGCAACCUCGGAAAUAUAAAACGGACUGAAGCACCAGCUGAAACCGUGUGCUGCAGAUCAAAGCAGAAAUCCAAAUAUACAAACAUGCAGAUAUGCAAUAAAACCGUUAAUAAGAUGGAGAGUAAACUAUAAGACGUUACCGCUACUGAAUAGUAACGUAUAAGUGACAGGAUUAUAUCUGUAAAAGGAUUACGCACAUGUAAAUGGCUUCAAGGCACAGCUAAAAGAAUCCUGCGAUGGGUGAGCUGACUCACGUGCGUUCUCGCUAGCACGCAACAAACCGUUGGGUUUUCUGUUUCCGUGCACAGAAUGGAGGCAGGAUUUCAGCGACGUUUCAGUUCCCUAACAGAACAUCCUGAAGUUUUCUUCCACACUAAUCUGUCAACUGUUACAGUUUUCCCGUACGUAAAAACGUGUACUUUUUAUCCUUUUAGAGUUCCGUUUAACGUUACGUCGCCGGACAUGCGCAAAACGAGAUCUUCCCCGUUUUCAUUCGAGUUAAAAGGACUCUGACUCCUUGUCUGUGUGAACGUAGAGUCAGGGGCGUUCGCGUCACUUCCGACUGCGUUUAACAGGUUUUGUGCUUUUUUUUUUUAAAAAAAAACAAACAAAAAGUUUUUAUUUUUUCUCAGAUUGUCGAAAUCAAUCGCGGAGUCGCACGGAAUAGUUUUGCGCGGUCUUUCACAGCGGUGUUUGUUGGUAAACGAGAGCUUUUAGCUGUACUCGUGUUCGAGGCACGUGAACGGAAGAGGGUUUCGGCCGUGCCGCGAUGACGUCACGUGAGGCGUCUCGGCUCAAAUCUGUGUUACUGGAUGAAAACAAUCAGCUGAUUCAGUGCAUCAUGGACUUCCAGAGCAAAGGGAAAACAGCAGAAUGUUCACACUACCAGCAGAUGCUUCACAGAAAUUUGGUCUACUUGGCCACAAUAGCAGACUCCAAUCAGAACAUGCAGUCUCUCCUCCCGGCCCCCCCCACACAGAACAUGGGCAUGUCAGGAGGCAUGAAUCAGAGCGGUGCGCCUCCACAGCCCCCCCACGGCCACAGCAUGCCCUCUGACGGCCCGCCUUCUGGCCCACACAUGCAGAACCAGAUGAACGGCCAGAUGCCCGGACCGAACCACAUGCCCAUGCAGGGCCCAGGGCCUAACCAGCCUCCAAACAUGCCAACCGGCUCCAUGAACAUGCCUCCCAGCAGCCACGGCUCCAUGGGCGCCUACAACCAUGCCGCUCCCUCCUCCCAGGGCAUGAGCAGCCAGGGCCAGAUGAACAUGAGCCAGGGCCAGCCAAUGGGAAGUUACGGUCCCAGACCCAGCAUGAACAUGCAGCCCAACCAAGGUCCCAUGAUUCACCAGCAGCCUCCCACGCAGCAGUACAACAUCCCCCCUGGUGGCGGCGGGCAGCAUUACCAAGGACAGCAGAACCCCAUGGGUAUGAUGAGCCAAGGCAACCAUGUGAUGGGACAGAGGCCCAUGCCUCCUUACAGACCACCUCAGCAAGGGCCGCCGCAGCAGUACCCAGGCCAGGAGGACUAUUACGGUGAACAGUACAGCCACGGAGGCCAGGGGGCACCUGAGGGAAACUCACAGUAUGGUCAGCAGCAGGAAGCCUAUCAGCAAGGCCCCCCUCAGCCUCAGGGCUACCCAGCACAGCAGCAGUACCCAGCACAGCAGGCCUACCCAGGCCAGCAGCAAGGCUACGGGCCUUCUCAAGGUGGUCCUGGUCAGUACCCCAAUUACCCACAAGGCCAGGGGCAACAGUAUGGAGCAUAUAGACCACCUCAGCCUGGUCCUCCACAAGGCCAACCACAGCGCCCAUACGGUUAUGACCAGGGUCAAUAUGGCAACUACCAGCAGUAAACGAGAGAUGCUCUUCUUCCUGUUAGAGCGCCCGUGUUGGCGCUUUACGUCUUUCCGGACCUGCGGAAGGGCUACGGCUCUCUGAGACUCCCAGUCCCCUUUUCUAAAUUAUGAAGAGAUGGAUCACCCCCCCCCUCCCUCCCUCCCCCUCCGUGUGUCUGUCUCUCUCUGUCUCUAUCUCUCUCUUUCUCUCGUACAGAAAAAUCCAAACACACUUCUUUUUGGGCAUAAUUCUUCCCCUGGUGCUCAGAAACACACUCUGACACUGGAUGAAACUUGGACAGUACAUGUUUUCCUCGACCAGUCUUUUGCGUUGAUGAGAAGAUCAGGCCCAAACCAUUUUCUUUUCUUUCAGCCACUUCCUGUUUCAGCAGAUCACAUGGCAAGCUCUAAACCUCACUACUUAUUCCUGCAAUGACACAUUUUUGGUCUUUUUCACAACCCCUCCAUUUUAUCCAAAGCCAUCCACCUUGAAAGCAGCAAUGCCUUAAAAGAAAAAAACACCACCACCAACGAUGACGAAACAAAUCGGAGCGGCCUUAUUUAAUUUCCACAAGAAAAACCCGGGAGGGGGAUUUCGAUAUCCUGCAGCACAGGAGUUUUUCAUCCUGCUGCAGUAUGUUCGUAACCAUCUCUUCACUCGAUUGCGUGAAAGUUUAUCUAGCUGAAGCAAUAACGUGGGGAGGAGGAGCGGCCCAGAGAGAUGAACUUGCACAGGGAAUAUUCUUCUUACAUGUCAAGGUCAAACUUGUAUAAUGUACAAAUGUAUUUUAUGCUUUCUAGAUAGAGCUUACUUUGUACUGAGGAUUUGGAAACUUUAGCUCUAAAUAUUGUACCUUUUUUUUUUUUUUUUUUCUUUUUUCUUUUUUCUUUUUUCUUUUUUCUUUCCCCCUCCUCCUCCACUAAUGUCUAUUAGGUGUUUUCUUUUUUUUUUCUUUUCCAUUUCUUUCUUUUAAAAAAAAAUAAUAAUUGUUGUCCCUUUCUUCUCUAGUGUAAUGUCUUUGGUUCCUCCCAGCCAUGCUGAACCUUGAUUAAACCCAUCUGCUACUCUGGUGGUUCACGUGUUAAUUGUCCACAAGGGAGCACUUCGUUUUUAAGUGCAGCGACUCGGCUGUACACGGGGAGGGAAAAAAAAAACAGCCCCAAGAGUGGACAGUCAGGAGUCGCAUUCAAAUCGGAGUCGUAGUACAGUGAGACGAGUUAAAAGGAGCAUCGAAUUCUUUCAUACAGGUCCAGAACAAUCCAGAUGUUGUUGUUUUUUCCAGAUAUAGUGAGUAAAAUUCAUACCGGGCCCAUGAUUGUGAAGAUGAUGAAAGCAUCCAGACACAGACGGGUUUAAAUAGAAAUCAGCGUUUACAUAACGAAAAAGAAAAUCAGUUUUUGAGCUUGCAUUCAGUCUGCUUUCGAAACACCAAGCUGCUCUUAACAGCUAUUCUGUCACUCACUCACUCAGUCAGUCAGUCAGUCAGUCAGUCAGUAUGAAGAUUAGGGAACGCAUGUUGCAAAUUUGUUCAGCCACCACGGUGACGCUGAUCGUGGCGCCUGCUUAUUCUGGUCCUCUGUACAUUUUAUUUUUCCUGUGAAUUUUUGUUUUAGCAGGCCGAGAAUGUGAAUCGGGCUUUUAUUUUAUUUUAUUUUAUUUUAGGUUCCUCAAUAAAAGCUACAACCAGAGCCGCCUUAUGUUUGAGCGUCUUCAAAAUGGUUACUUUUCAUUGAGGGUGUUAUUUUUUUUUUUUUUUUUUUUUUUUCCUUCCUUCUUUUUUUUUGUAUGCAGAAAACAUGGUACUGGUUGUAGCUUUAUAAUUUUCCUACUAACUCCUCCUAAUGUGUAAUUCUGAGCAUGUACUAUGAUGAAGUUUGAAGCCAGCACACUUAACACAGGUACUUGAACCUGUGUAUGGUUUUCUUUUUUGUUUUAGGGUUGUUGUUUUGUUUUUUUUUGCUUGGUUUUUUGUAAAGUUUCGGGUAGGGAUGGGAGUACGAGAUCAGAGUGUACGAGUGUAUUUGUGCUGAUGAGGAAUAAUCAUUUGGUGCUCGGUAUCAUGAUGCAACUCAAAUGUGCCAUGACUGUCUCUUUUUCCAUGACAAUGUAAAGUUGUACAUCAUUGUAACUGAACAAAAUGGCUGAAAUAAAUUAUUGUAAUACGGG